UACAUUGGCUUAGUUGAAGCUCAUCUCAUUACACCACUGUGGUCAUACUUGAUCAAAAAUAAGAGCUAUCAAAUUGACAAUGUAUAUCCAUUUCAAAUAUUGUAUGUUCACCGCUUCGAUAGACUGAAAUAAUGGGCGCGUCUGCUUCUCAUCAAACAGAAUCCUGCAGUAUCUCUGCGCGAUUCGUGCAAGUAGUACAAUGACUUUGUUGUUUGAUAAGUAACAGGGGACGGUGCUAGGCAAUUUCAGUGAGUGCAGUGAUCAAUAUAAAGCGAAUAGAUUAUUAUAUUCUGACGCAUUUGUGGUGUGCAGUUUUAAGAUUGGCAGGUUCGUCGGAGGGGGGUGAAGAAAGAUGUCACUUCGCGGAGCGAUAUAGUGCAAAUGAGGCCACAUCGGCAGUGACGCGGUCCCUAGUGUUUCCGGGCAACUUCGCAGAGAAGGGACUGAAUACCUCUAGCGAAUUGUUUUUCAGCACUAAACAACGAUACAUACGUUGGACACAGUUGGUUUGCCGUUCACGAGGGGGACGUUGACUAUUUAGUCAUUGAAAUUGUCGAAGUGCGAAGAAUAAAAUGGCUGACCAACUGACUGAGGAGCAGAUUGCUGAGUUCAAGGAGGCCUUCUCACUGUUCGACAAGGACGGCGAUGGCACCAUCACCACCAAGGAGCUGGGCACUGUCAUGCGCUCUCUGGGACAAAACCCUACUGAGGCAGAGCUACAGGACAUGAUCAACGAGGUGGACGCCGAUGGUAACGGGACAAUCGACUUCCCAGAGUUCCUGACAAUGAUGGCGAGGAAGAUGAAGGACACAGACAGCGAGGAGGAGAUCAGAGAAGCCUUCAGAGUCUUUGAUAAGGAUGGGAAUGGCUACAUCAGUGCGGCAGAGCUGCGCCACGUCAUGACCAACCUCGGGGAGAAGCUCACAGACGAGGAGGUGGACGAGAUGAUCCGCGAGGCCGACAUUGACGGAGACGGACAGGUCAACUAUGAAGAGUUUGUGCAGAUGAUGACAGCCAAGUGAAGUAGACUGUGCUCUCACAUUUCUCUCUUACAUUGCUUGUCCUCCUAAGAUCACGCUGUCUUUAAGAAAACAAAACAAUAAUCAAGCCAAAAUGUAAAACUCAAUGAUUCAAUGUACAAAAUUAUUUAAUAAAAAAACAAAUCCACGUACUUCUAGGGUAUCUGUUUUAAGAGUAACUGCAGAUGAAUCCCUAACAGAAGUUAACGGACCAAGCUUUAACGAGGCAUGAGGCCCUUACUCCAGAGUAAGAUCCUUGGGAGUCUCCCAGAUGCCGAAGAAAUUUGAGGAAAGGGCAACACAGAUGAGGGAUAGGAAUCCAUGCCCCCCCCCCCCUUGCCCUCAGAACAGCUUCAAUUCAUCAGGGCAUGGACUCUACAAGGUGUCGAAAGCGUUCCAUAAGGAUGCUGGCCCAUGUUGACUCCAAUGCUUCCCACAGUUGUCAAGUUGGCUGGAUGUCCUUUGGGUGGUGGACCAUGGUUGAUGCACACAGGAGCGUGAAAAUCUCAGCAGUAUUGCAGUUCUUGACAUACUCAAACUGGUGCGCCUGGCACCUACUACCAUACUCCCUUCAAAGGCACUUACAUCUUUUGUUUUGCCCUCUGAAUGGCACACAUACACAAUCCAUGUCUCAAGGCUUAAAAAUCGUUUUUUUAACCUGUCUCUUCCCCUUUAACAACUUGCAUCAAUAAGGGAUCAUAGCUUUCACCUGGUCAGUCUAUAUCAUGGAAAGAGCAGGUGUCCCUAAUGUUUUGUACUCUCGGUGUGUAAUAUACACAUGUAUGUAAAAAUGCUAACAGUUGGUGCAAGAAUUAGUGGGAAAGGUUGCUUUGGUGCUCGGUUGAGGAGAGAAUUCACCCAUUCCUAAGGGGUUGUGGGGAGUUGAUAGAAAAGCACUAGUUGAUUGGUUGGUUUUCAUUGUAUUUUGCAUUGUUUCGGCAGGCUGUUGUCUUUCAUUCUCAAACAAGGCUUUUAAUUUCCCAGCACCACUGACCUAUGGCAUAGGAGUACCGAGAUGUACAGUUUCAGAAUGUUGAUUAUGGUAGUACACUUUGAGAGCAUUGCUGUGAAGAUAUUCUAUCUUUCUUAUAUCCUGAUACAAAUAUGAAUGUCAUGCUUUUUAAAUGUAUGUUAUCAAAUGUUAACGUAUAAAUGAAUUACACAUUUUGGUCACCCAAAUAUAUAUAUUAGUGUAUCGUAAACUUUGCAUGACCUAUUGUUGAUAUAGAAUGACCUGUGAAAUGUUUUGAAAUGUGCCAUAAUACUCUAAAGCCUCAACCUGGCAAGAGAACUUAGUAAAUUAGAACAUAUUAUGAAUAUACAGUAUAAGCUAUAUACAGUACAUACCUAUUUGCACUUUGGUGUAAACCGUAUAUUUGAACAUGUUCUGUAAAAAAAGACAAUGUUGCUGCUGCUAGAACAACUAAUUUGUCUCGUGCUCCUGUGGAUUUGUUAGAUCCUCAUGUUGUCGUCAAGUGUUCACAUCUUUUAUCCGUGCUCCGCUUGCUGUUCUGCUGAACAGAGUAUAUAUUCACUAAUAUAUUUAUUUUUGUCGGUGAGUUGAAAAACUAAAUCAGUUUGACGGGUAUAAAUUAGGGGUUGCAUUUUUUAUUAUUUGGGGUUGAGUGAAAGGAAUGCUAGGAGAGGUACUGAAUCGUUGCGUGAAAGACAACUUGUGGACUAAAACUAUCUGGCUAGCUUUUACUGGUUGGCUAACUUUGAUCUACAGGUUGGAAAAGACACAUGGUUAAGGACUGUUAAACCUCUGGAGGUAGUGUACAAAUUUAAAGAUGUGAAAUCUUAAUGUUUGCCAUGAAUAAAUACAUUUACUGAACUUCA